CCCCCUAUUUUUUUCCCACCCGUCGCCAUUUCCACUCGAGCUCGAGCUCGACAGCCAUGGCCUCAGAACUAGGGCUAGCGCCGCCGGCGAAGCGCCCGCUAGCGGCGGCACCCACCACCAUCACCGGUAUCGGCGACGACCUCCUCCGCGGGAUCUUCCUCCUGCUUCCGUCCCUCCCGAGCCUCGUCCGCGCCGCCCUCGCCUGCCGCACCUUCCUCGGCGCCGUCCGGUCGUCCCCCGCCUUCCGCGGCCGCUUCCUGGCGCUCCACCCGCCCCAGCUCCUCGGCUUCUUCAUCUGCCCCAGCCGCAUCGCCAGCCACCCCUUCGUCCCCUCCCGCGGCCGCUCCGACCCGGACCUCGCCGCCGCCGUCCGCGGCGCCGAUUUCUUCCUCACCCGUCUCCCGGAGGACGGCGGUUCCUCCCGCGGGUGGCACUUCGAGACCUGCUACGGUGGCUACGCCGUCCUCCUCAACCAAACCACGGACCAGGUCGCUGCCUACAACCCCCUCACGCAGGCGCUGCAUCUCUUCCCCCAGCCGGCCGCCGACAAGAUCCUCUUCCGCGGCUUGCCUGAGUACUAUUUCUUCUCCGAAGAGGACCAGGGAGUGCUCCGUAUGGUCUGUGUCCAACACCGGAACACGUCGUGGCAAGUGCCGGCGCGCAUCGCUGUCUACUCCCCGGCCACCAGCAGCGAGUGGCAGAUUUUGCCGUGGGUGGAGACCCCGCCGCCGCUGCAGCCCGAGGAAGACGGUCAAAAGGUCAUCACUUUUUACCCUGGUACGCAGGUGAAAGGAUUCGUUUACUGGAAACACACGAGUCAAGCCUAUGUACUCAUUCUCAACACUGCGACACUGCAAUUCUCGAGAGUGGAUUUGCCGCCAUUCUUUGAAGAGAUAGAGACUGUGCAAUUUAUGCUUGGUCAGACCAAGGAUGGGGAACUCUGUAUGGUUGGCGCAGAUGACAACGAUGGAAAGACAGGAAUGCUUGUUGUUUGCGUUUGGAGAGCUGAUGAGCACGGUGUUGAGAAGUGGAUGCUGGAACAUACUUUUGCACUGAGUAUAUUUAUUGAUGCCACAGAGGAUGAUUCCACGGUGCAGGUUGAUGCGAUUAUCGAUGGCUAUGUGUACCUGUCUACUAAGUAUUCUGGGCAAGCUGAGUCCCUCCUAUCCUUCUGCCUGGAAACAGCAAAGCUAACCAAGCUCUUUGAUGGUACAUACACAAGCCCGUCUCAUCCCUACAUCAUGGCGUGGCCUUCUUCAUUGGUAGACAACAAGGCAAGCCCGUGCUCGAAGAUUCCGAUUAUGUAUCAGUACGAGGAUGCAAUGUGGAAAGCCAAUAUCCCUCUAAAAAUUAAAGAUAUACUAUGGCUGAUUUGGCACAAUGUGAUUGCCACAAAAGACAGUAUGAGAAGAAUAAACUGGAUUGGGGAUUAUAUUUGUAGCUUUUGUGGGGAGAACGAAUCUAUUCAUCAUCUCUUCUUUGCCUGUUUGGCUGCAUCAUACAUGUGGAGCUCUAUUUGCAAUACUAUGGGUCUAUAUGAUAGACCUUACAUGCUUCACACAAUACUUUACUUGGGUCGCAGAUAAAAUCCCCUUAUGGAUUAAUUUACAAUUGCUGCCUUUUGUUGGGUUAUCUGGAAAACUCGAAACAGAGCUUAUUUUGAGAAGAAAUUACCGCCGGCUCCUGCUGAGCUGAUUUAUUAUUUUUAUGUUUUUCUAUGUCACUGGGCAGGUUUACAGAAGGAUGGUGAAAGCAAAAUCUUCUGGAAGGGGAGGCGGCGAUCCAGAAUUCAGCUAUCAGGAGUUCAGGACCCAUAAAGCUGCUCGUGCGUCCUCGACUGGUGGCUUACUGAGCAUCACUGAAGAAGAUGUGAGUGAAGAUGAACAAAAUGAGCUGACGGAUAUUGAGCGGCAGUAAUAACAAAAAGUCUUGUUACUGCUUGAUUGUGGUGUUUCGAUCCAGGUUAUCUGUCCUGUAUGUUUUUUGUUCUGCCCCAACCCUGUGUCUGUGUCCUGGAUUGCUGUCCACUUUCCUUGGAGUUUGCUCUUGCAACCCUGCGUCACUUUGGGUGUGAGGUUCAUGAGUAUUUUGGGAUGUGUUUUUUCUUUUCUUUUUCAGUGUGUAAAAACCUUGUUUCGUUAUGCCAAUAGUGGAACCCGGCUCCCUUUUUUGGGAGGCGUAUGACUAAAAA